CGAACUUGAACUGUUUUGAUUUCCCAAGCGUAUGUUUACCUGUAUUUACUACCAUUAUUCACUGCACAGCCACAGACGCGUCGCUUUCGACCCGGAGCAGCACUACACCAAAUUCCAAUCUCGAGCUCGCCAUGAACGAACAUAUCUCAAUGCGCGUCAACUCUGCCCGUCUUUCCGGAAACAAGGGCAGGACAGUCCGCCUCCCUUGCAAAGUACUCCGACUUUCAGAUGACAUUGCCAUCGUCGAAGCGAGUGAUGGUGGUCAGGUAGAAAUUCAAAGGAAGAAUGUGGAUAUGACUGCCACCUAUGUCGAAGUUAUUGGAAACGUGGUGGAUGCAUCCACAAUAAAAGCCAUGGCGACACUCCCGUUGGAUUCAGAAGGCGAGCUAGAUAUGCAACUGGUCAACGACGUGAUUGAGCUUACGUUUGAAUCGAGGUUCGAUAAACUUUUCCCUCGAUACAAAGACACAUAGCCUAGUGUGCCUACACAUUGAUUAUCUACCAGCACAUACAAACUUCUCGUUGUAUUUUACCGCAUUGCAUCACAUAAAUUGGGAAAAGUAUACUCCAUCCAUCGCCCCUAUGCAUUAAGAUGGACCGGCUUUGGCCAUCUUCUUGUCAUGUCCCCUUUUCCGAUUGUGGUUCCCUCUGCUAGCUUUGUUCUUGUCUUUCGAUGCUCGCUCUCUCGCAUCACCACCAUCUCCAGACCCUCGGCCGCGCCCCCUUCCUCUCCCUGCUCCGCGCGCACCCCUGCUUCUUCCGUGAUCUUCACCACGGGACGAUGACCCAGAACCACCUGCGUUUCCGGUCGUUGACAAAUCUACUAUCCUAUUCCCAGAAAAUUCGUGUUUCUCUAAGAUCUUGUCUUUCUUUGGCUGGAUGCAGGGUGAUGAGAGUAUCAGUACCGACCAGUCAACGCAGGUAAUGAUAGCAUACAUUGCGUUCCAGCAUAAUCCUCC